AUGGGUCGUACUGUUGACCAAGAAGUUCACGCGGCGUUUGUCGAAUUCCGCGCCAAGGAAGAUGAUAAGUGCAUCUACUGUCAGCAAAUUCGCGCCAAAAAUACCUCGCGACAGAAGCAGCACCUGAACGAGUGCCUUGGUCUGCGCGGUCACCCCAACGCUCCCCAGGCCACUCAGUCUGCUCAGGCUCCGAACGGUAUUGGCGCCCCCAAUGGAUACCCCGGCACUCCCACCACCGCUCCUGCCCCGGGUCCAUCUGGCCCUACCAUGCCUACUCCUAAUGGCUCCAUGAUUGCCAACGGUGUCAACCCUCAUGCAACCCCCCUCGGAACCCCGUUGUCCAAUCUGCAGAACCGCCCUCCUAUGGUCACACCUGGCCCCCCUCCUGUAGGCGCCCCUCCCGGCUCUGCGCCUUCUUCGCUUCCUCCUCCUCGCUCGACCCCGAAGCCCAAGUCGAAGCCAAGCACCUCGAGCUUGCCUGCGCCCCCGCUUGAUGAUGUGCAUGCCGCAUUUGUUGAGUUCCGCGCUAAGGAGGAAGAUAAGUGUUUGUCCGUCCAAUGCAUUUACUGCCAGCAAGUGCGCGCAAAGAACACUAGUCGCCAGCGUCAGCACCUGCUGGAGUGCUCUACCUACUUGAGUGUUAUGAAAGACUCCAUUCCCGCAAACAACCUCCUGCACACCUUCCCCGAAGGUGAUGUUGCACGAUCCCUGCAGAUCCCUGCCCCGACCCUUGAGCUUGACUUCCGCAUGAGCAUCAAGAUGAACCCCAAGGUUCCUGUCGGUCAGAGCAUCUGGGGCAACCGCGAGUGGGUCUCCUUCAUUGGUGGUCAGUGGGCUGGACGAUGGGGUAAGGGUAUUGUUCUGCCCGGUGGUCAAGACACCCAGAUUGUGACCAAGGACCAGAACACCCACAUUCGUGCCAAUUAUCUGCUCCAGACUGCCGAAGACCCUCCUGCUUUUAUCAUGAUCAAGGCCGAGGGUUGGCUCACUGGUGCCAAGGACGUUCUUGAGAAAGUCAACGACCAGAGCCAAGCUGACGGUAUCAACCCCGGCAGCUACAAGUACCGCCUUAACCUCUCCAUGGAGACUGGAGAUGAGCGAUUCACAUUCCUCAACACUCUCAUGUGGAUUGGCAGUGGCUGCCGUCGUGGCACAGAAGUGAUCUUUGAUGCCUUCCGUGUCAACUAA